ACAAACAUUUAAAGAAUAAAAAACUAAAAGCUUUCCUCACUACUAUCCUAACUACUUUGUAGUAGGAAUACACCUUCAGAAUUAUAUCCAUUUUAUAUGAAGACGAAUCACACUUCACAAACCUUGAAAGAAAUCCAGCAAAUACAGCGAUCCAACAAGUGCCCUUAUAGAAAACGAAACACUAAACAAGGAACAUCCAAAAAACGAACGAAAACAUAUAAUAAUUGUAAAUACAGUCAAGCUUGUGCAUUAUUAGAAGCUAUUAAACUAAAUGGACGGAAACGGUUGAACGAUCGAUGCGUAGCUCACAUUUCUUGCUAUAUUGCUCGAGCAUGGGAAGAAAAGCCUUGUCAACAGAAGGUUAAACAAAUUUUUUGCAUGAUUCGAAAUAUGCUCGAAGCAGCCAGCAUGGAUGCAGCUUUACCGUUCGAUAUAGCUCUUCAAGUAUUUUGUCAGAAUCCCUUAGGAUCCACUACAAUUUGCCCUAGCACAACUCUCUUGAUUGCAAUGAGAUAUGUAGAGCGUCUAAAGAAGCGUUACCAUGAUGUGAAAGGCAGCCCUGGAUGUUGCUUUCGAAUGAUAAUCGUUGCCUUCAACAUAGCUUUAAAAUAUAUGUAUGAUUGCCUACGAUUGAUAAUAUAUACCAGUAUGCGACAGUUACCGUCAGCAAACAGAGUAGUUAAUUUAAUCACACCACCCAGUUCACCGAAAAAGACAACCCCUCAAAAUUUGGAUGCCAACGCUACAGAGGUUGAAAAUACCAAAGUAAAAGCAAAUUCAACAGCACAAAGCACUGUUAAACCAGAAAUCUCAAUAGACUCACAGACGGAUACCUCUACAUGUUCUGAUGUAGAACGCGCAUUGAAAAUUGCUUGUUUGGAACGAGAAUUCCUUUAUUGUCUUAACUACGACUUGUCUGUUGAAGAUCCUUCAAGCCUCGUUACUUGGGCGCAUAAUUUUGAUAAUUCUCCAGCGAACUUCAAUUGCGUUAGGCAAGAGUACACCUCCGCCGACGAAGCAGAUGAUGAGAUGGAAGAAGAAGAUCCAUAACAAUAACAUUAUAAUCGUACUUUCUUUAUCUCCUUGUACAUAUACCAAAUAUACCUGAUGUUCCAUCAUAGCCUUUAUAUCAAUCAUAAUAAAAUCAAAAAGCUGUUCAAAUGCGCUGAUUUAA